AGGAAAGAAAAGGAAAAAGAUGGUGAAGAUGAAGGAGAGGAAGGGAGCGUGGCCGAAUCACAUCCCGCGAGUGGGAUCACGCUGAGCAUGGUAACCAGCCCAUCAUUCUGCCGCACACCGGACAGAAGGGCGUUCCAAAGCGAACGAGGCCGCCUUCCUUUUGUGUGCGUGUCCACUCUUUAUCUCUCUUUCUUCCCCCCUCCUCCCCCUUUCUUCUCGAUUCGUUUCUUUUCCCCAUCCGCUCCUUUUGUUCAUUCAUUCAUUCAUUCAUUCCUCUUCUUGUUCACUCGCUCCUCCUUCUUCGUCUUAUACACUUCCCUGCCGUGCUUCUUUGUGUUCCUUGUACUUCUCUUGACUUUGCCCAGACAAAGUCUUUUCUUUCCUUGUCCCCAAACAAACAAGAACCCUGUCCGUAACUUUGUCCUCCACCGACUCCCAGGAAGGAAACGCUGAUCAGCUAGCAAGGCAGGUUCGACUCGAUGCCCAACAAGAAUGGCUAUCUGCCCCUAGGCCAGGACGAACAGGAUACUCCAUAUGAGGAACAGGAGUCACAGGAAGGAGCCGACGACACCAGGACUCCUGCUCAGACACACAACACAAACCAUGCGCAAGCUGAACACGAAGGAACACCUCAGCGCCAGGGCACCGUCACACUGGACAGGCAAAGCAGCAACAAUGAUACCCGGCAGUCUUCUGCUGUGGCUGUCUCUAAGCACCAGCACCAGCAGCACCAGCAGCAGCAGCCCACUCUGUCUACCACGACUGCGACCGCGACCGCGACUGCGCCAACAAUCCAGCAG